GCUGCUGUAAAGAUGUGCCAGUCUGCUCCCCGUGGCUUCACUGAGCAUCCCAGCAAGUGGCAAAUGAGGAUGCCCGGGCGCCACUCCCUAACGUGCACGGCAGCCUUUAUUAAUGGAAGCUUCUUGAGGGUGGGGCUGUCUUCUUUAUAUUUGCAUCCCCAGCACAUAGAAGCUCACGAGGAGCACGACACCUCCACAGAGAACGUGGAUGACUCCAACCACGAUCCGCAGUUUGAGCCCAUAGUGUCUCUUCCUGAGCAGGAGAUAAAGACCCUUGAAGAAGACGAAGAAGAACUCUUUAAGAUGCGGGCCAAGCUGUUCCGAUUUGCCUCUGAGAAUGACCUUCCAGAAUGGAAAGAGCGAGGGACGGGCGACGUGAAGCUGCUGAAACACAAGGAGAAAGGGACGAUUCGCCUCCUCAUGAGAAGGGACAAAACUCUGAAGAUCUGUGCCAAUCACUAUAUAACACCAUUGAUGGAGCUGAAGCCCAACGCAGGCAGUGACAGGGCCUGGGUCUGGAACACACACGCUGACUUUGCUGAUGAAAGUCCCAAGCCUGAACUGCUGGCGAUCCGAUUCCUAAACGCAGAAAAUGCCCAGAAGUUUAAGGCAAAGUUUGAAGAAUGCAGGAACGAGAUAGGAGAACGAGAAAAGAGAGCAGGAGCAGGCAAAGAAAACACUGAUAAAGUAGUGGAGAAGUUGUCGGAGCUGUCGGUGAAGGAGGAGAAGGAGGAGAAGGAGAAGGAAGGCAGCCAAGAGCCUGAGAGCCCCUCGGCGCCCGAGAAGGAGACCAAGGACCAGGACGUGUUACUGCAAUAAAUCAUCUCGCAGGCCUCGCCUUCUUUCCUUUUAUUUUCUUUAUUUUUGUUUCAAUUUUUUUUUUUUACAAGGGACUUUAUAUAAAGAACUGAAUUCCAGCCUCCAGGUUGUUUUCUAAGCUUUUAUCCUUUCGAAGAUGUCUUCAGCAAACCCAUUCCCAGUCACAUGUACUGCGCUCAUAACAUUCUUUUCCAUAGUGGAAACACUUAUUUAUAGUACAUCCAAAAGAGUGAAUAAAACAUUUGAAAGCUGCCUCCGAGGACAGAACUGAGUUCUAUAUGUUUACUCAAACACACUGAUGACUGAAACUCCUGGCAUUGGUUGUUGUCGGGUGCCUUUGUCUUUGUGUUGGUGACUUAGGGGUUCUGGGGGUGCAUCGUCAAGCCUGCUGGUGUCGUUGGGAACGCCCCCGCCUCCCCAGGCUAGAUGCUUCUUCAUUUGUGGUGUACCAGCUAACCCGGCACAGUUGCAGCAGCGUUUCCUGGGGGCACAGUUGGCAUAGCUUGAGUUGUCUUCCCAUGGGCACUCAUCCUCGGGAAGUCGAGGAGGAGGGUGCUGUGCUCUCUGGGUACUUUAGUGUUGUGGCCUUGGCCAGCCUGGGAGUCGAGGGGAAGCUGGUGGAAGCAGCCCUUCUAUGGCCUUGGUUUGUGGCUCACAGCUCUGGGCGCUUUCCUGGUGUGCACGUGGGCUGGGGGUCCCGCUCUUGGGCCUUGUUCUCUGUAGGCUGCACCUACGUGUUUCGCUCUUCUGGCGUAAGGCACUUCCCCCACGGGUGUCCUCCCUGCACCUGGGACACUUGUCCUUGAGGCAUGGAACACUCCUUGUGUGGUGGGUCAGUACAAGAGUUGAGGUGGCGCGGGCUUGGUUGGCACAGGCGGCUGGCUGCCGUCACAUAGGGGAGCUAAGGUGAAGCUUGAGCUCCAGCAGCCCAGCUGAGCUGCAGAGCUCCUCGAGCAGGGGAAGGGCCUUGAUGACAGAUGGGUGAUGGUGCUGCCCAGAGGGCUUUCAGGUCUGAGUGGAAGGAAGACAUGGUCAGCGUCAGGCUCUGUCUCUCUUCCUGUUGUCUGGAGGGUGGGCGGCCUCAGGCCGUCGGGUCAGCUGUCCUCUGGGCAGCCCCUCCCAGAAGGAGAUACAGUCUGUCGUUCCCCAGCACCCCCAGAAAUGAAGAAUACCUCAGCUGCCUGUGUGCCCUCAGGGAAGUCAUCACUUGGGUGUGGCUGUGUGCUGUGUGUCAUGUGUCCCUUCUCUCCAUCUCUGGCUGCUCACCUGGGGCGCUUGUGUCAUGUCUUAAGUUUUGCUCUUGUCUAAGUUUUAAGCCAAGAACUUUCAGCUUGCUUAAAAUGAAAGGCCCUCCCAUAGGGAGGAUGGUUUUACCAUUAAUUGCUGAAGGUUUUUUUCUUUUUUAAGCAUUUUAUUCUGCCAUAAGCUUGAGAAAUGUUGACCAGCCAUGAAGCCCCCCCAAGGCUGGAGUUUUAUUUCCACUAUUCACUGUGAGCUUUGGAAAGCAGCAUAAACGGUUGAAAAGCAUAUUAGCCUAUAGUGUUUCUUAGUAGUAAUAGUAAAAGGACUCACUUCAGUCAGAUUUUUAAUCUUGGCAGGUUCCCUUCAUUUGUUUUCCUUCCCACCCACCAAAGGUGCUUUAUUUAAAACAAAACAAAGAAAGCAUGUCCGUCUCACUUGCUGAAGGUCCUUACUUAGCAUCUCCACCAGUUCACCUGUGUUUAUAAUGUCCCCGCUAUAGAUGUUAACGUUAUGACUUGGUGUUUUCCCUGUUUGGGUCUGUGUUUGUCCAUUUAAAAAUACCAGCCCCUGGUCCCUAUCGGAGUGCCCUUCCAAAGGAAGAGUGUGAUUGUUUUAAAGAAAAAAAAAUGCCCGCUGACUAACGGAAAGCUUCCUUCUCCAACUGCUCAACUUGUGUUCUCGUCCUGUUCGGUCUUGUAAAGCAAGCACAGCCACUCGGGACUGUGCUUGGCCAAGUCGGUGGUGGAGGAGGAGGAGGCAAAAAGACCCCUUCAGAAAUCAGAUGUUAGCGCAAUAAAGAGGGAAGCAAUUGCACAUGAAAUCAUUGUUCUGUCACGCUCUCUGGUGUUGAUGUGUUGGAAACCGGAAAUGUACUCCGUGAAUGUUCUGUUGGCUAUGAUUUCCUCUGUGCCGACCCUACUGGAGCGAGUUCUCGGGGAACAGGAGGGUAUGUCUUUAAAUGCUUUCAUUGAAGUUAUGUGUGUAAACAGGGCUGUGUGUCCCCAAGAUGCUUUCCCCCUGAUACGGGGUGUGGGGUAUAAGCAUAUGCCAGGCACUUGCCCUCCCCCUUCCAAAAAGAGAUCUUGUCUCACUCUGUAAUUGUUUUGUGUCCAAUAAAGUGCCACUUAAUGUA